AAUGUCAAACAAAUUACAGUAGGAGUAAUUUCAAAAAUUUGGUGUCUCAAUUUAAAAAUUGCCGCGUCGCACGUCUCUGCCUCUUCAUGUAACGGCUAUUCGUUGUGCACGGCUGAACAUCUCAACCUAACACGUCAGAUCUCUUGCACUCGUAGUAUUCCCACGAAAGACAACAACGACAACAAACACAAGCACGAUAAAACAUUUUCUUACGCUAGCGAGACGACUUCGGAUAGCAAGAAGCUGCACAGCUGCACUCAAGAACCUAACGCAAACAUUCACAUACCAUCUAUCUGAAGACGUCAGCGACGUGUCAUUAUCACAAAUAACGCGGCAAUGGACCCGACUAAAAUAGACAUUAGCGGCGACAUGGACUCGCAACCACCUCCAGCACGGGUAUUAUCAGGAGGUGGCCGGACCAGCAACAGGUUUUCCUUCGAUUUACAGAGCUUACCUAGACUUCAGAAUCUGCCUUCCCCUCUGGAAUUGGUACAAAUGGUGCGUGAAUCUCUUCGACCGUGGUUGGUGUUCUUCAAUGUGUCAAACUUUAAGACCGCCCCCAGCAUGCCACGUCUAAGCAAUCGUGUCUCUCGGAAUCUUACAUAUUUCCAAAGCAACUACAUAUUUGUCUUCAUUGUGUUAAUGAUAUAUUGUCUCAUUACGUCGCCAUUAAUAUUGCUAGUAUUAGCCGGCGCUGCUUAUGCUUGCCAUAAGAUUCGUACAGGCAACAGGACAAUCACAGCUGUCGGACGGGAAAUAACGCCGAAACAACAAUUAUUGAUAGUUAAUUUGACAGCGGCCCCAGUGCUGUUCUUAGUGGGUGCUGGUUCGGUACUUUUUUGGACGCUGGGCGCCUCAUGCUUUGUAAUUGCAUGUCACGCUAUAUUUUACAACAUCGAUGCAAUAGUAACGGAGGAGAACGAAGGAUUUCUGGCAGAAGUUGUCUAGAGUGCUACUCGAAUUCAUCAUCGACGAAAAUAACCUUGCAAGGAUAUUGCCAGAUAGGGGCCUUAUUAGUUUAAAAAUGCAAUAUACAUUAACAUAUUUAUACAGAAUACUUUUUAAGUAUUGACGCUGGAACGAGCUAUUCCAACUUGAAUAUGUAUACUACGAAUGAUUGACGUAAUUACAUGAAGAAAAAAAUAUAUCAAUGCAAUACACCUCCGAA